AUGGAGCUUAUACCGAUAACAUCAGAUAGAAUUGAAGAAAUUGCUGAAACUUCUAGUGCUUCUCAGAAAUCAAGAAAAAACUUGGAGAUAAACCAGAAAGUUGAAUUCACUUUUGUUAGAUCAUGUUCAAAGAGAUACGAACUGAAAUGCAUCGUAGAGAAAUGUGGUUGGAAUGUACGUGCUACCAGAAUAAAAAAUUCCACACUAUUCAGGGUGAUAAAAUAUCAUAACAACCAUGAAUGCUCGAUUGAUGCAAGAAAAUCAGAUCAGAAGCAUGCUACAUCAAAUUUUAUAAGUGAACAAAUUAUAGAACACGUGCGAAACAAAAAGAUAGAGGUUACACCCGCCUUUGGAGAAAAUAAAAUGAAAAAGAAAUUUGGAAUUGACAUUGGUUAUCACAAGGCAUGGCGCGCUAUUCAAAAAGCAAUUGCUUGCAUAAGGGGAACACCGGAAGAGAACUACCAGAUUCUUCCUUCAUACCUACACAUGAUGGUGCAAAAAAACCCAGGAACGUACACAAGCAUAAAAAGAGAUGAGCAAAAUAGAGCCAUUAUUGCAGUAGAUGCAAUGUUUUUAAAGUCAAAAUAUUAUGGUGUUCUAUUUGUUGCUGUAUCAAAGGAUGCAAACAAUCAAAUCGUUCCUCUAUCUUUUGGUAUAGCAGAGUCAAAAAACAAUGAGGCAUACAUUUGGUUCUUCGGGGAAAUGAGAAAAGCAGUUCAAGUCCGUCGUGAACUGGUUUUCUUGUCAGAUAGAAACCAAUCGAUCGCAAAUGGGAUUAGAAAAGUUUAUCCUGAAGCUCACCAUGGUAUCUGCCUCUAUCACUUUGAGAAAAAUUUAAAGCAAAGACAUGCAAAAGCCACGGUAAUAAAUCUUUUUCAAAGUGCUGCAAGGUCAUACAAACGUGAAGAUUUUAAUCAGUUGAUGUCCCAACUCAAAAGUGUUGACAAGAAAACAUAUAAUUACAUAAUGGAAGAGCCUCCAGAGAGAUGGGCUCGAUCGUGGUUCCUACGGCGACGUAUGCUAACAACAAACAUGGUAGAAUCAAUGAAUUCCGUUUUACUAAAAGCGAGAGAGAUGCCUAUUUUAAGAAUGUUAGAUUUCAUCCAAAAAAAGUUGGGAGAGUGGUUUUACGAACGGAGAAAAAAAGCAAAUGAAACUUUUCACAAGGUAUCAAUAUGGGCAGAAGAAGAGAUGACUAAGAAGAUGGACUUGGCUUGCAAAAUAUUUGUGUUCAACCUUGAUUCAAUGUUGUUUAGAAUAAAUAGUGAAGGAAUCGAAUUUAUUGUGGACUUAAAGAAGAGAACUUGUGACUGCUUGGAAUUCCAACUUGAUGAAUUGCCCUGUCCACAUGCAAUUGCUGCUAUUAAUAAGAGAUAUUUGCAGAAAUCUAAUUACUGCUCAAAUUGGUAUUCAAAGAAAACAUGGUUGAAAACAUAUGAAGGACAUGUGAAUACCGUGGGACAUCAAAAAUCAUGGGAUAUUCCACAAAAUGUAGAACCUGAUAUCACAAAACCUUCCGAUGUAGAGAUUUUACAAGGAAGAAGACAAAAGAAGAGGCAUAUCCCUGCGACUGAAUCAGUACCAUUGAAGUCUACCAAAUGCAGUCGAUGCAAACAAGUUGGGCAUAACAAAACAACUUGCUUGUCUUCUCCAGCACUUCAUCCAUAUUCCAAGAAACACACUGAAAAAUACUCCAACCUUCAAUAA